UCUGAUGAAAGACUGAUCACUGAUCGGUUAUUAAACAGAAGGAAGACGGACAGGUCAGAUAUCUGACCCUUUCUGCUGAGGACAGAGUAUGGAAACUGCACCUUCUCACAGAAUCCUGCGACCCCUCCUGCUCGGUGCUUUUAUGCUGGGAUGUUCUGUGAUUCUGUUUUUUAUGUAUUUUAAACCAACUAUAAGCUGGUUACCAGGUCCUGUAGAGUCAACAGUAUUCAGAGAACCUGGCCUGAACCUCUUCUCCACCAACAGUGAUAAAAAUGUUACCAUUGUGCUGAUCUGGAGCUGGCCCUUUGGACAAGUGUACGACCUAAGCAUUUGCAGCUCAGUCUUCAACAUUGAUGGCUGUUUCCUCACAGCAGACAGGAACCUCUACAGUAAGGCAGAUGGGGUCAUCAUUCACCACCGAGACAUCAGCACUGACCUGUCCAAUCUCCCACAGCUCCAGCGACCAUCAUUCCAGAAGUGGAUAUGGAUGAAUGCAGAGUCGCCAUCACACUCAUCCCAGCUCCCUGGAUUAGACAACCUGUUCAAUCUGACUGUCAAUUAUCGUCAGGAUGCUGACAUUACAGUGCCUUAUGGGUACAUUAUACCAGCAGAGCAUGAGGAGGAUUUUAUCCCACCAGAGAAAAACAAGCUGGUUUGCUGGAUUGUGAGCAACUGGAACCAGAACCACAUGCGGGUGAAAUAUUACAAUGAGCUGAAAAAACACGUGGAGAUUCACACAUAUGGACGAGCCUUUGGGAAGCCCAUAUCUGACCAAGACUUUUUACCCACCAUUACCAGCUGCAAGUUCUAUCUCUCGUUUGAGAACUCCAUCCACAAGGACUACAUUACUGAGAAACUGUACAACCCGCUGACAGUGGGGACAGUGCCAGUGGUUCUUGGCCCACCCAGACAGAAUUAUGAGAACUUUAUCCAGGGAGACGCCUUCAUUCAUGUGGAGGACUUCACCUCACCCAAGGAGCUGGCUGAUUACCUGCUGCUCCUGGACAAGGAUGAGAAAAUGUACCUCAGGUACUUUGAGUGGCAGCGGCACUUCAAAGCAAAGAGGAGCUAUUUUGUAUCAGAGCACAUGUGUCUGUCCUGUGAUUACUUGCGUAGGCACAAGGAGUACAAGGUAUUCAAUAACCUUAACAAGUGGUACUGGGGUGGCUAGUGCUUUUUAGGGUUGUGUGUUUUUUGUUAUGCUGUUGAGGAAACUGUUGUAAGAUGUUUGUUCUUCAGUUAACACAAAGGUUCAUUGCUGAUCUGUCCAGAGCAGCUGAAUGGUAAUUAUUUAAAUUAGUGGCCCAAUGAGAUGUCUCACUGUCGUUCUUUUUUCUUUGAAUUUUAGUUGCUGUGAAAUUUUAAGUCUUAUUUUGUCUUUUUUCAUUAUAUAAGUUUCUGCUUAUCAGAUAACACUGAGGAUACUGUUUUCUUUUAAGUAUCUGCUGUUCAUUCUGCUCCUCAGGGCACAUGAAUGCAUGCCUGGCUGGCUGUGUCAACAAGGAAAGUAGAAAGAGGGGCCAGGGUGUGUGCAGUCUAGCAGAAUUAUAAAGAUACAUUUGUUGGGUAUUACAUGCUUUUAAUCAGGAAUUGAUGCCAAGGCCCAAUUUCAAAAUUAAAAUAUACGACUAUAAAAUAUAAAUAAUAAAACAAACAAAAAACUGUGGUGCAAAAAGGGCAUUUAUCAUGUUCAGAAGCCAAAACAGAAGGUGUUAGAGCACCACCUAGCAUCUAUCUGUCCACCUGCCUUACAAGUGGCCUACUAAUGCAGACUGCAAUCUCCCUUUACAUCUGUGUUGACAUCAGUGCAAGCACAGGUGUUUAUUUUCUCUUCACACCUUCAUAAGGGCUCACUCUGUUCUGGGUGUUACUUUGAUUAGUUUAAAAAUUUCUAUGCUAAUAAAUGUGUUUAACAAAAAAUUGCAAUUAAAAUGAUAGAUAAAAUUACGGGGUGGUGGAAUUUGUAGUAUUCUGUCAAAAUAAAGGACAACAAAACACAACCUCUGAGGAUGAGUAAAUCUAAUUAGCCUGAGAAAGAUACAAUACUAAAAUCUAGGUUCAUAUUAGGGAUGCGCCGAUCCGAUAUUCAGUAUCGGUAUUGGUCCGAUACUGGCCUAAAUUACUGGAUCGGAUAUCGGAAAGAAAUAAAAAAAUGUAAUCCGAUACAU